AUGGUGGACGAGGCAGGCACCGACGAGCUGGAAUCAAGCCCCAUGGAGGGGGAGAAUGCCAACCCCGACUCCUCGGACCAAGCGGAAAGGCCCCGAGUGCGGGGGCGGGUCCGGAGGCGACGGGCAACCAAACUGCUACAGCUGCAGAGGGGAGGGCAGCAGCAGCUGCAGAGCGGAGGGCAGCAGCAACUGCUGCAGAGGGGAGGGCAGCAGCAGCUGCAGAGCGGAAGGCAGCAGGAGCUGCAGAGCGGAGGGCAGCGGCAGCUGCAAAGAGGAGAUCAGCAGCUGCUGCAGAGUGGAGGGCAGCAGGAGCUGCAGAGCCGAGAGCAGCAAGAGCUGCGGAGUGGAGAGCAGCAGCAGCUGCAGAGUGGAGGGCAGCAGGAGCUGCAGAGUGGAGGGCAGGAGGAGCUGCAGAGCGGAGGGCAGCAAGACCCACUGGGGGAGUUGGAUGUGGAGAUAGAGGCCGAGGCAUACACCGACGAGCUGGAAUCAAGCCCCAUGGAGGGUGAGAAUGCCAACCCCGACUCCUCGGACCAAGCGGAAAGGCCCCGAGUGCGGGGGCGGGGCCGGAGGCGACGGGCAACCAAACUACUACAGCUGCAGAGGGGAGGGCAGCAGCAGCUGCAGAGCGGAGGGCAGCAGGAGCUGCAGGGCGGAGGGCAGCAGCCCAAUCAGAGCGGAGGGCAGCAGCAGCUGCAGUGCGGAGGGCAGCAGGAGCUGCAGGGCGGAGGGCAGCAGCCCAAUCAGAGCGGAGGGCAGCAGCAACUGCAGAGCGGAGGGCAGCAGCAACUGCAGAGCGGAGGGCAGCAGCAGCUGCAGAGCGGAUGGCAGCAGCAGCUGCAGAGCGGAUGGCAGCAGCAGCUGCAGAGCGGAGGGCAGCAGCCCAAUCAGAGCGGAGGGCAGCAGCAACUGCAGAGCGGAGGGCAGCAGCAGCUGCAGAGCGGAGGGCAGCAUGAGCUGCAGGGCGGAGGGCAGCAGCCCAAUCAGAGCGGAGGGCAGCAGCAGCUGCAGAGCGGAGGGCAGCAGCAGCUGCAGAGUGGAGGGCAGCAGCCCAAUCAGAGUGGUGGGCAGCAGCAGCUGCAGAGCGGAGGGCAGCAGGAGCUGCAGAGCGGAGGGCAGCAGCAGCUGCAGAGCGGAGGGCAGCAGCCCAAUCAGAGCGGAGGGCAGCAGCAGCUGCAGAGCGGAGGGCAGCAGCCCAAUCAGAGCGGAGGGCGGCAGAAACUGCAGAGCGGAGGGCAGCAUGAGCUGCAGGGCGGAGGGCAGCAGCAGCUGCAGAGUGGGGGGCAGCAGCAACUGCUGCAGAGCGGAGGGCAGCAUGAGCUGCAGGGCGGAGGGCAGCAGCAGCUGCAGAGUGGGGGGCAGCAGCAACUGCUGCAGAGCGGAGGGCAGCAGGAGCUGCAGAGCGGAGGGCAGCAGCAGCUGCAGAGCGGAGGGCAGCAGCAACUGCUGCAGAGCGGAGGGCAGCAUGAGCUGCAGGGCGGAGGGCAGCAUGAGCUGCAGGGCGGAGGGCAGCAGCAGCUGCAGAGCGGAGGGCAGCAGCAACUGCAGAGCGGAGGGCAGCAGCAGCUGCAGAGCGGAGGGCAGCAGCAGCUGCAGAGCGGAGGGCAGCAGCAGCUGCAGAGCGGAGGGCAGCAGGAGCUGCAGAGCGGAGGGCAGCAGCAGCUGCAGAGCGGAGGGCAGCAGCCCAAUCAGAGCGGAGGGCAGCAGCAGCUGCAGAGCGGAGGGCAGCAGCCCAAUCAGAGCGGAGGGCAGCAGCAACUGCAGAGCGGAGGGCAGCAGCAGCUGCAGAGCGGAGGGCAGCAUGAGCUGCAGGGCGGAGGGCAGCAGCCCAAUCAGAGCGGAGGGCAGCAGCAGCUGCAGAGCGGAGGGCAGCAGCAGCUGCAGAGUGGAGGGCAGCAGCCCAAUCAGAGCGGAGGGCAGCAGCAGCUGCAGAGCGGAGGGCAGCAGCAGCUGCAGAGCGGAGGGCAGCAGCAGCUGCAGAGUGGAGGGCAGCAGCCCAAUCAGAGCGGAGGGCAGCAGCAGCUGCAGAGCGGAGGGCAGCAGCGGCUGCAGAGUGGGGGGCAGCUGCAGCUGCAGUGCGGAGGGCAGCAGCAGCUGCAGAGCGGAGGGCAGCAACAGCUGCAGAGCGGAGGGCAGCAGCAGCUGCAGAGCGGAGGGCAGCAACAGCUGCAGAGCGGAGGGCAGCAGGAGCUGCCCGAUGGGGUGCAGCUUGCGAGGCUGCCAGAGGGGGAGAUGGAGAUGGAGUCGAGCAGACAGGUCUUGCCGGCGUGUUCGAGUGGAGAGGAGCACCCAGACCCUAUGCUGACACCCCCGCCCCGCAUCCCGUGCGAAACCUGUUAUCGCACUUUCACGGAGAGAGGAAAGGCCACGCGUCAUAUGUCGGCCUGCAGGGCAGCGGACGCCAAGCGCCGUGCACAGGCGCUUGGGUUGACCCGCGACGUCACAGACGACUCGGACAGCGAACCUCCGCCACCACGGGAUAUCAGUGAAGAGGUGUGGGCCGCAGUUCCCACAUGGGACUGGGAGUCGUUUUUCGGGAUCGAAUUGGUGCCAGGGAGAAUCAUGCGUCGCAUCCCACAGCGCGCAAGACUGGGGGUGCUUGAUGCACUAGCUUGUAUCCUGAAGCGGCUCAAGUCAAAGGCAGCAGACGAGGCGGCAUCCUUGGUGUUUUUGGCCUUCCCUCGUCUUUUCUUGGGGAUUCCAACCGGGCAAGGCCAGGGGCAGAGGGCGGCAAUUAGGGAGCGGUUGGAGAAGUUUUGGGCUGGGGAGUGGCAGCAGCUGUUUGAGUUGGCGGUGGCGGCGAUGCAACCUGCGGCUCGCCCCUUGUCCUUCACCCCACCCGAGCAUGAUCCUGAUGCCGUGCGCCUAUCCCGCUGCCGUACAAGGUGCAAAGUGGGAGAAUGGAGUCGGGGUUUGGCGUGCCUUACGGCUGGUAGCAUCGCUCAGCCCUCUCAGCACAUGGUGGACGCGCUACGAGCGAAACACCCAUCGUGCGAGUCCGCCAUUCCUGGGUGGGUGCAGGAGGAGACAGUCGAGCCUUCCCUUAUCCCACAGCUUUCAGUGGAGGUACUCGGCCAGGCGAUCCACUCAGCGGCUAGGGCGUCCGCACCAGGACCGUCGGGGUGGGUGACGGAGCACCUGCGCGACACUUUUCUCUCUGAGCCCGCGUAUCUGUCCCACCUGCUAGAGGUCUUCACCCAGUGGACCAAGGGAGAGGUAGCGGAGCGCGUGCGACCCUGGCUCACUGCGUCCAACUUGGUGGGCCUGUCGAAGCCGAAUGGUGACGUUCGCCCGGUGGCUAUAGGCGAGGUGCUCCCCCGCAUACUAUCUCGGGCCAUAUGCAUCGUGCUUCGCCCGAAGAUGAUGUCGCACUUUGCUCCGUGUAACCAGUUUGGAGUCGGGUCCAGGUCGGGAGUGGAAGUCCUCGCACAUGCCUUUCGCUCCGCCAUCUCUACUCACCCGUCGUGGUGUGCGCUGCAAAUUGACGUGGCGAACGCUUUCAACUCCUUCCAUCGGCGGGAAAUGUUUGAGGGUCUUCGACAGUCGCCUUUCAAGGGAUUGAUUCCAUUUCUGCGUGUCUUCUACGGCACUCCUAGCGACCUCUAUCUCCGAGCGGGCCCUUUUGUCGAAGCUUUGGCUUCCGAGCGGGGCUCGAGGCAAGGGGAUCCAUUGGGUCCGUUUCUGUUCGCGUUCACACAGCAGCUGGUUAUGGAACCAACCAAAACGGAGUACGCCGACUUACUCUUCCUCAGCUAUGCUGACGAUACGUAUAUCCUGGGGCCUAGGGAACGGGUUCUAGCAGCCUAUGAGGCCUUGCGGGAACGACUGGACGGGCUGGGUUUGGAGGUGCAGCCGCAUAAGUGUAAGCUAUGGGAGCGAGGGAGGGACCAGGAUGGGGAGGAGAGAAAUGAGACUGUCCCGCCCGGCAUGCAGCAGACAUGGACGGGGCUCACUGUGGUAGGGGUGCCCAUUGGGGAGGAGGACUGGGAGGUGGCUAGCCUGCGUCGCCGGCUGACGGAGCUGCAUGCACCUGUCCCCUGGCUUCCUCUGCUUGACCACCCACAGAUUGCGUCUCAUUUGUUGGCGAUCGCAGUGUCGGCGCGCCCGAUCUACCUCACACGGACGAUGCCUCCACGACCUGAGGUUGUGGAGGCUUUUCGGGACUGGGACACGAAGCUGGAAGAUUGUUUCGAGGAGCUGUUUCCAGAUAGUACCUGGGAUCACGAUUCGGGGAAGUCCCAGAUGGCUCGUUUACAGCUGCACCUUCCUGCCAGACUCGGGGGGUUCGGCAUUCGAUCUGCGGCUGACCUUAGUCCUCUGUCGUAUGCAUGUGGCUGGUGCCAAGCAGUGAGCGAUGUGGCUCGGUUGGGGGUGGCAGGUGAGGAGCGGAUGUUUGAGGAGUUUUUCCGCACGCCCGAGGCUACGACCUUGUUGGACCCCUGGUUUGCGAGAGCAGUGGAUCUGCUUCCACAGUCGGUUCGGCAGGAGAUGCCACCCCUUGCCUUGUGCACCGCUGAUCCGCCUAUGCUGCUCUUCCCCACACAACACCGUCGCCUGGCGGUUGAGAGCCUCCAAUCUCUUCGAGGCAUGGCCCACAACGAUGCCACCCUGGCCCGUUUGACAUCCCUUCAGGGCCCGGGGGCUGGGGCGUGGGUUUCUGCCGUUCCUUCGCACGAGGAGGCUACCUUCACCGCAGCCGAGUGGAGCAUCUGCGCGUCCAUGCGCCUAGGCCUCCCUAUUCAGCAGCUGAUAGUGGCCGGCAAGUGCGCGUGUGGGUUUGAGUUUGCUGAUCCCUCUGACCCGCAUCAUGCCCUUCGCUGCAAGUAUCAGUAUGCACCUUCUCGGGUUCACGAUGCGGUUAAAUUUGUGGUGGCGAAGAUAGCUAAGGGUGCGGGUGGGAUUGUGACCAUGGAAGACGACACGUUGCUCCCAGGGAAGAGGGUUGAUGUGGCGGUUCGGAAACUGAGGGAGGGGGAGGAGCACGCGCUGGAGGUUAGUGUGGUAGAUCCUAUCUCGCUAUCCGCGCAGCACCAUGGACAGAUUGGUCGCAAGGUGGGUUUUGCCGCGAGAGAGAGAGAAAAGCGGAAGACGGCGGACUACAAAUCGCUUCUACAGCGGCAUGGGGGAGUGCAGUUCACACCACUCAUUGCUGAGACAUGGGGAUGCUUGGGGGGGAGUUUUGGACGGUGGCUUAAGAAGCAGGGUGACGCGCAGAUCGAGAUAGCAAAGACGAAAGGGGCGGCGCGAGCUACGGGAAAGGGUUUCUCGGCUUAUUUGCUCGGAUCGCUCAAAGCGGCUGUGGGUGUGGCUUUGCAACGGGCUCAGGCGCGUGUGAUCUUGUUACGCGCUGCGUCGAUGAUGAGAGGCCCAGAGGCUGUUUGGGUGGAGCGGGAGGAUGUUGAGGAGGAGAUGGGAUGGGAUGCUCCGUGGGCGGAUGCACCAUACUUGGUAGACAUGCGGGUUUAG